CAGAGAGAACUAAAAAUGGUGAUUCUUCAUAUAAAAAGGGGUGACGAAAGCCAAUUUUUAUAUGAAACGGACGUGAAUAAUACAGUUGACGAUGUUGUUGCUGAUAUUGUAGCUAUAUACAACGGAAGGUUAAAAGUGACAAGAAUCUGCUACGAAAUGGAAGAAUUGCAGAAGCAUGGUACAUCCUUACCGCAAGAAAUGCAAGGAUUGACAGAGGAUCAAAUAAAAGAAUUAAAACUGGAAGAUCCUUGGGCUAAGCGUUGUGCUCCGGCUGAGUAUAUUAUAUCAAAAGAUGAGAUGGGACGCCGAUGUGGACUGGCACCACCGCCUCAUCUCCAAGAUGUAUUAAAGAAAGCUGCGGAAGCAGCGAAAGAAUUUAUUAGCAAGAAACACGUUGAUCUUCGCAAGUGCUUGACCCAAAAAGACGUAUGCCGAGCCCUUGAUGAGCUUCGAGGGGCUACAAAGAUCGUUUUCCCAGCCGGUCUACCACCUCACGACCCUGUUCGGAUGGAGCAAGAUAAUGUUGAAGAUCUGUCUGGAACUCAAGCAGCUAAUGAGGUCAUCGACCCGUCUCGAGCGUGCCUCUGGGCGUGUGGAAAGAAACUACUCAACGGUAACAAGUUGAGCGAUCACUUAGGUAAAAAUGACAAAUCCAAGGUGACAGUCAAAUUAUGCUCCUCAUCUGAAGGAGCUCCUGGAAGAGAACCCAUUAUGACUGAAGAAGAGAGAAAGCAACUCAUGUUGCAGGCAUACAGAAAACAAGAGGAAUGGAAGAAAUUGGAACAGGACGAUGACGAUAACUAUCUGAACUCGAAAUGGGCUGACGGUCAAAAUUUAAAACGUCAAUUUCAUGGCUUAAACAAUAUUUCAUGGAAACCUCUGAUGAAGAAAUAGUAACACCG